AUGGUUUCCUGCCUUCUCUUCACAGCAGAAAGCGAUCUCUCCCACUCUCACUCCCGCACCAGAGAAGGACCCCCCAGCAGCAAAUCCGCCAUUACCAUCCAGUUGUGGUGGCAGGGGGUGCUCACCCAGCGAACGGUGCGCCAAGCGACGCUCUGUGUGCUGGUAAUCCAGAGGUAGUGGUGCCGGGUGUCCUUCCGAUGGAGGGAGGAGAGGAAGGUCAGGGCGCUGGCAAUGUAUGUGAGGCCCGUGAGAGCUAGCGUCCUCCUGCAGUCACUGGUCAGGAUGUGGCAUGCGAGGAGCCAGUACAAGAAGUACCAGAGGGCAGUGCUGGUUAUCCAGAACAAAUGGCAGCUGUACUCCUGCCGGAGAGAGGCUGCAGUAUUUGCAGGGAGCAGCCUGGUGGACGGGGGGCGUGGACCUGAAUAUUGA